AUGAAGAUCCAAGUCGAGGCCACGGACCUCCGGGACGACAAGCAGUACACCGCGAUCGUUGAGGCAUGGGAAACUCUUGAGACCGUUCGCUCUAUUCUGGCCGACAAGGUUCCCAAUGCGCCUCCCAAGCACCAGUUCUUUUAUGUACGCGAUGAAUUCGUGAACGCCUCCAUUCCUGCGGAUCAGCUGCGCAAGAAGUCGAGGGCAGCGGGCAUGCUGGACGAUGUCGAAGAAAAAGAAGGCGAACCGAAAGUCGCGCGAUGUUUCCUAUAUGUGAAUCCGACGCCGCUAGACUUCAGCGACAUGUUGAAUGAUGAUUUGAUCAAGAAACUCAGGGGAAAGGGAGGAGGAGAAAUUAAACAAGUCAUUUUCCGGAUUAAACUUCAGGGCGCAGAAAGCCGCCUGUGUAUAGGUGUUGAUUCCUCUUCUAUUACAGUGGAUCAAUUCAAACAAAUUGUUCUUAAGAAACUUGGGCCUUCUUCUCUCACUGGUUUGACGGCGGAGAAGCUGCUACUCUACGAGCGCGAGAAACAACAAGGACGACCUCUAGAGGUACCUCCGCAUGGUUGA